AUGAACAGAAAGUGCUUCCUGGUAGCUAUUCUAGCUUUUCUGGGACUUGCGUGCAUUGCCACCGCACAAAAGCCGUUCCUUGGUUACUACCCCAGCUGGGCCCACUACCGCACCGGACGGGGUCAAUUCAGGAUUGAGAACAUCGAUCCUUGGCUGUGCACUCAUCUAAUCUACGCUUCCUUUGGAUUGAAUGAAGAUGGAACCAUCGAAAUCAGAGAUUCCUGGUUAGACAUUAGUUUAGAAAAUAUUCGGCAAUUUAAUGAACUUAAGAACGUUAACCCGAACCUAAAGACGUUGGCGGCUAUUGCAGAAUAUGGUGGAGGAAUUUUUUCACGUGUUGCUGCCAGCCCGGAACUGAGAUGGCAAUUCGCUGAAUCAGCACGAGAUUUCUGUUUCGAGCAUGGCUUUGAUGGUGUCGAUGUGGACUGGGAAUUUCCGGGCAAGCAUGGAGGGGACCCUAUUAAUGAUAAGGCAAACUUCGUGCAUAUGCUAGCCGCUCUUCGGCAGGUGUUCUCCGCCAGUGGUUUAAUACUAACGGCUGCCGUUGGUGCUGCCAAAAGCAUCGCGGAAGUAUCCUACGAUAUACCGGAAAUUUCGCAACACUUGGAUUACAUCAAUUUAAUGACUUAUGACUAUAAUGGAGCAUGGGACGCUUACACUGGUCACAAUGCACCGCUUUUCAGUGGUCCAUCGGAAAAAACUGAUUUUCAGCGGACUUUGAAUGUGAACCAUAGUGUGAUGUAUUGGCUGUCGGAAGGAGCACCGCCCAACAAAUUGGUACUGGGAAUUCCUCUCUAUGGUAGGACAUUCACGUUGCAAGAUGCGGAAAACUAUUGGCUGCGUGAUGCUGCCACUGGUCCUGGUAUCGCUGGACCGUAUACUGAUGCAGCUGGAACAAUGGCUUAUUUUGAAAUAUGUCCAUUUUCUACAAAAAGGUGGGUUCGGCAUUGGGAAGACAAUCAAAAAAUAGUGUUCGGUGUGACUGGGGAUCAGUGGAUUGGAUACGAUGAUGUUGAAACCACAUGGAUUAAGUGUGAUUAUGCUCAACAACACGGUUUGGCUGGAAUAAUGGUUUGGUCAAUCGAAAAGGAUGAUUUUCACGGUUAUUGUGGAUCAAUUAAUCCGAUUCUGAACGCUAUUCAGCAGUGUUUGCAAUAG